AUGAUCCCCAUCGUGGCCACACCGGCCGCUCCAGUGGUGGGAUACAUCAGCGACAUCUUUGGACGACGGAAAUUCCUGCUUGCCGGUGCCUUGUUGGCCGCCAUUGGCAACGUGACGACGGCCAACAUCAAUGGCAUUGACCAGAUCUUCGGCACGGAGAUCAUCACAUGCAUCGGAAUCUUGUUCAAACAAGUGGUGAUUGCCUCGCUGGCGGAGAUUGUGCCACGUUCCUCCCGCCCCUUCGCCUUUGGAUGUCUGUGGGCGUCCUCCGCUCCUGCACAGGGGUUUGGGCCUGCCAUAGCGGCCAGCAUCACGCUCCACCAAUCGUGGAGGGUGGCCUUUUGGGUUCCCUUCGCGUUGAACCUCCUGGCCUUGGUCCUCAUCUUUUUCUGGUACCAUCCACUCGAUCAACAUGUGAAAGAGAAGGGCAAGACAAGGUGGCAACAGCUGUUCAGCCUCGAUUGGGCCGGGUGCUCGCUCAUCGCAUUCGGCGCCCAGCUUGCGUUGCUGGGAGCCGCUUUCGGCCUCUUCAUCUAUCCUUGGGGAAGUGCAAAGACCCUCGGUCCGCUCGUUGUCGGUAUCGUCACAAUUGUAUCCAUCAUACCAUUCGAGUAUUUCAUGCGACUACGACUCCCAUAUCCGCUGUAUCCCAGGUCGAUCUUCCGCCAAUAUCGUCGGUAUACUCUGUACCUGGCUCCCAGUCUCCUGUGUGCGCUAGUGGCGUCGACCACGUCCACUAUUUGGCCUCAGCAAGUUCAGCUCCUGUACACCCAGGACACGUUAAAGGCCGGCUGGCUGGCCUCGGCCCCUCAGAUCACGGGCGUGCUUCUUGCUCCCAUCUAUGGUUUGGUCUUUCAGAAGCUCGGGGCAUGGUCCAACUGGUUGAUGACGGGCCUAUGCGUCUUGCUCACUCUAUUUGCCGCCCUACAGGCCAUCGUCACUGAGGGAUCUUCGGCCGCGUCCACUGGGCUGGCGUGCUUGGCCAGCGCCUCUUACUCCGGCUUGCUGGUAGGCUUCUCCUCGGUCUUCCAGUUCGUGCCACACCAUUACCUGGCCACCUCGGUCAUGACGCAUUUCUUCCUGCGUGUGAUUGGAAACUUUGCUGGCUCGCUGGUCUACUCCCUUAUCUUGACCAACAAGCUCAAGGAAUACGUGGUUUCAGAGGUGGCAAUCCCCUUGGCCCACUUGGGCGUCGAUCCGAGCUUGAUUCCUGUGGUGCUGGAAGCCCUCACGACGGGCGCGACCACGAAUCCCGUCUUGUCCAAGUUGUCACCGCAGGCCCUUCAAAUCGCCAUCUCGGGAGUCAAAAUUGCUUUUAUCAAGUCCUUCAAGAUCGUCUACUACUCGACACUGUCGUUCGGUCUCGUAUCAACCAUUCUGAUUGCUUUCACCACGAGUUUUGGCACUCAGUUGCGGCCGAUGGUUGAUGUAGAAAUCGUCGAGGGGGCUCACUUCAAUGUCAAGUACGACACUGGAAAAGGGACCAUCAUCGACGACCGGCCGUGGGUCUGA